ACGCACAGGUGAACGCAGACAACUGGGUCUUCAUAUUGCACUUCGCAAGAUGAGAUGAGAGUGAUGACAGGAACACAAUUCUGUGUGAAAGAAAAAAGACCAACUAUGAUAUGAAAGAACUAAUUUAGAUUUUUCACAUAGAAAGAGUCACACUCUUCUUCUGUCUCUCUCUCUCUCUCUCUCUCUCUCUCUCUCUAUUCUUCUCUAUCUUUUCCUCUCUCUUGAUUCGAAAAAGUAGAUUGCGAUAUACUCGGAAUUUCAUUUCCAAGAUAUUAAUAUUUUUAUUUUAUCUUUUUGAAAAAAAAUGGAAGAAGCAAAGGCAAUGCACCAGCAGCAACAACAGCAACAGCAACAGCUAUUGAUGCAAGAACAACAACAAAGACAACAACAACAACAUUUUCUGCUCUUACAACAAUUACAAAAGCAGCAACAACAACAGCAACAAGCAGCAAUUUCUCGUUUCCCUUCCAACAUUGACGCUCACUUGCGUCCCAUAAGACCUCUCAAUCUUCAACAAAACCCUAACCCUAACCCUAACCCUAAUCCUAAUCCCAUUCUCAAUUUACACCAAAACCCUAAUUCAAAUCACCUACCUCAGCAGCAACAGCAACAGCAACAGGCUCAGCAAUCACAGCAGCAGCAACAGCAACAGCAAAAGAUGAUUCGGCCUGGAAAUCAAAUGGAGCUUCAGAUGGCUUACCAAGAUGCUUGGAGAGUCUGUCAUCCGGAUUUCAAGCGACCCUUUUCUUCGCUCGAAGAUGCUUGCGAGAGAUUAUUGCCAUAUCAUGUUGUAGCAGAUUAUGAAGCAGAAGAGGAUGACAGGAUACUCGAUUCCGACACAACUGGCCAGAUGCUUUCAAGGUCCCAGCAGUGGGAUAAUAAUAUUGCUGCUAAAAUUUCCGAGUUUACAGCAACAUUUGAGAAGCAAGCGCUUGCCUUCAACAUAAUAUCGCAGAAGAGAAAUUUGGGAGAAUUUCGGUCCGAGGAAAGACUUAUGAUUGAACAGGCACUUCUACAAGAGGAAAAACGGGCCCUGAUCGAAUUAAGAGCAGAAUUAGAAUCUAGGGAGAAGGCUGGCCGUGAAGCCCACGAGGCUAAACUACGGAUGGCAGCAAUGUAUCAAGCAGAGCAGCAGGCAAGGGCUGAUUCACAGUCUCAUACUGAAAUGAUGUCUCGAGCCCCUAUAAGAGGGAGUGCACUCGGUUCCCAAGGCAGUGGUGAUAUUGUGAUGGGUGGCCAUGACAUGGGAGAUCAGGAUCAGGGCGGUAAUCAGGGUGAGAUGAUGAAUGGAUGGGGAAACAAUUCACAGAGAGAUGACAAGGAGCCGUCUGAGGAUUUCUUGAACGACGAGGCCGAAAAUGGGGACACUGGUACGCCAGAUGGGUGGCGUGAAGUUGGUGAAUUUGAUUUGAAUGCUAGGUGAGAUAUUUGAAUUAAAACCAACUGGGAGAGUUUGAAUUAUGUGUAAGGAUCGAUACUCAUUUUGAAAUAGCAUUAUCCUGUGUAUCUACAAGUUAAUAUCUUGAGAUUACUUCUUUCUCAACUCACACAAGCCGAAUGAAACUAUUGAAUCAAUAUUAAGAUUUGAUGAAUAUCAUGCUUAUGCUCUUA